GUUCUCGUUUAUUUGUUUUCUUAUUCAACCCAUAAUACUUGCCAAAGAUUCGACGAACUACAAGAAAGUUUUCUUCUUUAUUCCUAUUCUAUUGCUAUCAAGUAGUACCUACUUGACAUCCGAUACUCUGAUAUUUGUGUGAAACGUGUCCAGAUAACCACGAGAGCUGCCGCUUGAAGUCCUGCUACGGUUGUUUGUGCCCUUUGAUAGACUGGAAUCUUGUAUACAUUCCAGUUCAGCCUUCCGUCGUUGCUUUCAAAGUCUCGGGAGUGUUUACAAGUUUGCUUUGUGCCACUCUGACAACUCCUUGACAGUUCUAUAACUUGUCAAAUACCGACACAGCCUUAUCUGUUUUCACAAAAUCUACCAAGCUGUCUUCCAAACCAAACACCUCAAUCUUGAGACUGGUUGACUCUGCCAGAAAAGCAAGAUCUCUGACAGCUAAUUCCAAGGCUCUGAUCAAUACGAAGAUGUCGUUGUCCUCAAUUGUUGAAGAACAGCCGUUCACCUCUCGCUACUCCCCAGAGACUUUGCCAUUUGAAGCAAGAGCUCAGAGAGGCAGACGUGGAAGCUUCAACAACGAAAGGUUGAGGCUUGUUGCAGUUGAAGAUGUUAGAGAGCCGAUCUCCUUGGAGACUGAAAGAUCCGUUCAAUUGGUGUCACAAGCUUUGCAGCAAGAGGUUGAAAGAAUCAACCACGAUACAUGCGAAGCUGGUGAAGAAGAUUCGUUCUUCGUCUGUGACUUGGGCAAGAUUGAAAGAUUGCUCAAAAUCUGGAGACAGAACUUGCCUCGUGUUCAUCCAUUUUACGCAGUGAAAUGUAACCCAGAUCCACAUGUCCUCAAGCUGUUGGCUUCCCUGGGUGUUAACUUUGACUGCGCCUCAAAAGGUGAGAUUGAUCUCGUUCUAAGCUUGGGUGUUGAUCCUUCAAGAAUCAUCUAUGCACACCCUUGUAAGACUGGCUCAUUCUUGAGACACUCCAAGAAACAGAAUGUUCAAUUGACCACUUUUGACAACGCUGAUGAGUUGUAUAAGCUCAAGAAGUACCAUCCAGGUUGUAGAUUGUUGUUGAGAAUUAUCACUGACGACGAAUCUGCUCAAUGCAGAUUAUCUACAAAGUACGGAGCUCCUUUAUCCUCUGUCAAGAACUUGCUGGAAUUGGCAAGAGAAUUGGAGUUGGACAUUGCUGGCGUUUCAUUCCACGUUGGGUCAGGUGCAAGUGACAACGAAUCCUUGAUUAAAGCAGUGCGUGAUGCCAGACACACCUUCGACCUGGGUUCUCAACUUGGUUUCAACAUGCAAAUCUUGGAUGUUGGUGGAGGAUUCUCAUACGAAUCGUUCAACACGGCAUCACAAGCUUUAAGAGUCGCACUGGACCAAUAUUUCCCAGUCUCUUCGAACGUUGAAAUCAUCGCAGAGCCUGGUCGUUAUUUCGUUGCCAACGCAUUCACCUUGGCUACCCACGUCAUUGCGAAGAGAGGAUCUGUCUUUGACCACAGCAGUCAGUCCCAAGACCCUCCAAUGGUUUACAUCAACGACGGUGUCUACGGCAACAUGAACUGUAUCUUGUUCGACCACCAGCACCCACAGGCCCAUGUCCUCACACACCGUGGUGAGUUUGUCUACGGUGGACACCACACUGAACAAGCCAACGGCAACACCUACAACGUUUCAAUCUGGGGCCCGACAUGUGACGGAUUGGACUGUAUUUCCAACAACGCUGAGCUUUCACACAACGUUUGUGUUGGUGACUGGUUGUACUUCCCUGAUUUGGGAGCCUACACGUCUGCUGCUGCCUCACCUUUCAACGGUUUUGAAGCACAAGCACGUAAAUUUUACGUCAACUCUGAGAUUUAGAACUACUCCCCA